GGCUGGAGAACCCAGGAAGGCAGGUCACUGGGCACAAGAUUUCCAGGAGUAGGCUGGGAAUCAGUUAUUGGCCAGUUUAGCUGGACAUCAGGGGCUGGCAUGUCGAGCUGUGCAGCGGGCAGAGGCACGUCAGCGGGCAGCUGGCACGGCACCGAGUCAUCUGGCACGACAGCGGGCACCAAGCCAUCUAUCAGAACCGCGGGCACAGAGUCACCUGGCAAGUCAGCGGGCACCGAGUCACCGGGCAUGUCAGCGGGCACCGAGCCAUCUAGCAGAACCGCGGGCACAGAGUCACCUGGCAAGUCAGCAGGCACCGAGUCACCGGGCAUGUCAGCGGGCACCGAGCCAUCUAGCAGAACCGCGGAUACCGGGUCACCAAGCUCGACAACAGGCACCAAAUUAACUGGCACAACAGUGGGCACUGAAUCAACUGGCACGACAGCGGGCACCAAGUCAUCUGGCUCGACAGCGGGCACCGAGUCAACUGGCACGACAGCGGGCACCGAG